AUGGAAAGACCAUUGUGGGUACGUUGGUUGAAAGUCUACGCAAUCGGUGGUGCAGUUAUUGGAGGAGGAGCAUUGCUUUUCAAGUAUACCACACCAACAGACGAACAGCUAAUCAGCCAACUUUCUCCUGAAUUACGUUUACAAUAUGAGAGGGAGAAAAACUUACGUCAGGCAGAGCAGCGGGCUUUAAUGAAGAUCGUCCAAGAGACUUCCCAGAGCGACGAUCCUAUUUGGAAAACAGGCCCUCUUCAAUCACCAUGGGAAAGAAAGGGCGAUAACGUUCAAAGUAGAGACCAUUUCGCCAAAGUAAGGGCGGAGGAAGUACAGAAGGAGGAACUAUCUAGAAUCAGGAACGAACUUUCUCAGUUAAGAUCCGAGACUGAAGAGAACACAAAGAAAAUUGUAGAGAACAAGCACGGCAGUUGGUGGAAAUUCUGGUAA